AUGGCUCCUACUUCCAAGGACGAAGAGAGCCCCAAGGAGGUGCAGUUUCACAAGAGUGUAUCGACGUCCACGUCCUAUGGAUCCAUUGAUGUGAAUAAAAGCAACGGAGGAGAAGACGAAGACAUUAUUAUGGAGGAAGAUUCAUCACUGUUGAGACAUUCCAUUCAUCUCGGCAUGACAGGAUUCGCUAGCGAAAAUAUUUGGACGAGGCUGCGACGAACAGCUUCCUUUCAACAGCAUGGAGAUGAAUACAAGCUUGUUCCAACCAAAGUGGUCGACAAUGUCAAAUUGGUGACAGACCCAACUUUGCAAUCGAAUGAAAAGGGAAAGCUUUACUUUGCCGAACGAUCGUUUUACAACAAUAUGGAAGCACCUCAAUAUGCCUUGACUGUCAAUGACGACAUCUACAGACGAAUAUUUGCAGAGGUCAACGAUUCAAGGUCGUCUCCAUUUGGACUCUACUUUUGUUGCCAUGGGGGUGACGGAGCUCACACGGGUGUCUCUCAUGAGGAUUAUGUUGAUAUUCAACUUGCAUGGGUCCUUAUCGGUGUUGUCUUUUUGGCCAUAUUUGUUCUUUCCUUUGUGUAA